AUGUUUCUCCUUUUUGCGUUGCGUUCCAAAGGUUACCCACACCAUGUGCAAACAUCCCUAUCUCUAAUUUCUUUUCUUCAGGGGUAUCAGAUAUACCUCUUGUGGGGCACCAAAAACGCAUCAACCAACGAUCAGGACAUCAGUUGGACUGCCCGGAACCUGGUCUUACCGAUUAAAGAAGUUUCGGACUUCCCUCGCAGUUCUGAAGAUGGUGGCGGCAAUUUUUCCCAACCAGACUGGAGCCGAGCUCCCCGGGUGGAAUCAGAUGUCUUUCAAUCCCUUCGACGUAAUUGGAUGAAAAUGGUCAUCCAAAACAGACUCGAUAAGAAGCUCAUUGCCUUUUGUAGUACUGGUUCUUCCGACCCUCCCUUUUCUGACCAGGAUAUGCGUCCGUUUCAAGAGAGCUUGGAAGCCUUUCUGCGAUCCCACGGCAUUGAGCCCGACUGGCACAUCAGGGACAACCAACCGAUGUAUCUCAGGAUCCUGCAGGCCUUUAACCAGAUUAUGAAGGAUGAAGAUACUCAUCUAUUUCAGCGCCUGUUGAAUGGGGUCAGCACCGGGUUCCAACAUGAUUUCCCCCCAUCUGGUUGUUUCCCACCCAAUGAUAGACCGCACGAAUUGAAUGAACCCCUCUCAAUUCAUAUGAGCAAUUGGCAGUCCGCGGAGGAAAACAUUGAAUUGACUAGGGAACUCGUGCAGGAAGAGAUCGACAAAGGCUGGGUUUUUCGUUUUCCAGGCACAGUAGCUGAGGCCCAAGCCUCAUACCCUUGUGGUGUGAUAUACCCUUGUGGUGUGGCGGUAGGCAAACUGGGGGUGGCGAUCACCGAGACACGCCCCCCGCGACUUGUUGUAGAUAACAGCGUAUGCGGUCUCAACAAUCGCUGUGUCAUUCCAGAACGGUCGACGUUGCCAUCAGCAAAGGAUGUGAUCCGAUCAUAUCCGAUUCGUCAAUCUUGCCAGGACCUUGCAAGUUUUUCGCUUGACAUUAAGUCAGCUCAUAAAAGGAUAGUACUCAAAGAAGAAGAGCAAGGUUUAGUCGGAUUUACUCUCGAUAAUAACUUGUACUUCUACAAAGUGUGCCCCUUUGGAGCUUCCUUUUCGGCGGCUUGGUGGUCCCGGCUCGGAGCAUUGAUCUUGCGGUGCUUUCGCAGAUUGAUCUGGCUGGCCCACGUGGCCAUGCUCUAUGUAGACGAUUUUUUCAUUUACCAGGAUGCCCAGAUCCUUCCCUGCUCCGCUUCGAUUCUUUGCAUUUUCUGUUUAUUGACGAACAUCCCAAUCUCCUGGAAAAAAUGCGAACUUUCAAGUACUCUGAAAUGGAUUGGAUGGUCAUUCCACAUCCGUAGUGGAUUUCUUUCCAUUCCCCCUGACAAACUCAAGAAAGUCAUUGACUAUCUACAUGACCUCAAAUCAAGUUCUCGCACUUCCAAAAAGAAGCUUGAAAAAACCAUCGGCGUUUGCAUGUGGCUCGGAUUUGGAUCCACCACUGGUAUAGAGACCUCUAUUCCAUCCCUGCUUCUCUUUUCAGUGUGA